UUUUCCGGGACUAAACAGGAAACAUUAGAUUAUAUUGUUUUCAGUUCUGCUGAAGAUUUUGACAAAAACAAACAAAACCUCGAGGAAUAGAGAAUGGGUUCACAGAUGCAGGGACCCCGGGCCCCAGGACCUGCGGGACCCGGGCUUGUCACGCGCCUGGAGUCCAAGGGUUUCCCGAGACCCCGCCCACAGGCUGGCGCAGCGGAUCACAGCGCCGACUGGCUUGUCAGCCCCGCCGAUCCCCUUAAAUGGGCGGUCUCGGGGCCUCAGCCCGGCAGCAGCAGGCUCUGGACCGGCAUCCGCACACCUGCAGACCUGCAGACCCUGCAGGUUCCGCUGCUUCCGCCACAGGUUUUCAAACAUGAACCCUUCAUUCCUCCUGACUGUCAUUUGCUUGGGACUAGCUACAGCCACUCAAAAACUUGAUCACAGUUUAGACGGAGAGUGGUCACAGUGGAAGGCAACGUACAAGAGACUAUAUGACAUGAACGAAGAAGUAUGGAGAAGAACAGUGUGGGAAAAGAAUAUGAAAAUAAUUAACCUGCACAAUCAGGAAUACAGCCAAGGGAAACACAGUUUCACAAUGGCAAUGAAUGCCUUUGGCGACAUGACCAAUGAGGAAUUCAGGAAAGUGAUGAAUGGCCUUCAAAGCCAAAAGCACCAGAAGGGAAAAAUAUUCAAAGAAAGGUUCUAUGCUAAGAUCCCCUCUCAUUUUGAUUGGAGAAAGAAAGGCUACGUCACUCCUGUGAAGAACCAGGGUGCGUGUGGUUCUUGUUGGGCUUUUAGUGCUACUGGUGCCUUGGAAGGACAGAUGUUCCGGAAAACUGGGAAGCUUGUUUCACUGAGUGAGCAAAAUCUGGUGGAUUGUUCUUGGCCUCAAGGCAACCAGGGCUGUGAUGGCGGCCUAAUGAAUAAUGCCUUCCGGUAUGUGAAAGACAAUGGAGGCCUGGACUCGGAGGAAUCCUAUCCAUAUGUUGAACAUGAGACAACCUGCAGAUACAAUCCUGAGACGUCUGCUGCCAAUGAUACUGGCUUCGUGGAUAUCCAUAAGCGGGAAAAAUCCCUUAUGAAGGCAGUGGCACUUGUGGGUCCCAUCUCAGUUGGCAUAGAUGCAGGUCACAGUACCUUCCAGUUCUACAAAGAAGGCAUUUAUUAUGAACCCAACUGUAGCAGUGAAGAACUGGAUCAUGGUGUCCUGGUGGUUGGCUAUGGCUUUGAAGGAGCAGUAUCAGAUAACAAUAAAUAUUGGCUUGUCAAGAACAGCUGGGGUACAGAUUGGGGCAUGGAAGGCUACAUAAAGAUGACAAAAGACCGUAACAACCACUGUGGCAUCGCCACUAUGGCCAGCUAUCCAACUGUGUGAGAUAAUGGCAAUAAAGAUGGACUGGAUUGAGAAAAGAAUAUCCAGAGACAUUUUAUCUUACCAUGGUCAGACCUUAAUUGUAUAAGACAAAGUACUUUAGUUACUGAAGAUUCAACUGGUGACUUAAUUCUGUGACAUUUAACAGUGGAAAAUGUUAUGAGUUCUUUAGUUACUUCAAUAAUCAUCUUUGUGUGAUUGGCUUGGUAAAAACUUUUGAAUUUCCAAGGCAGGGAAAUGGCACACCUGGUUAAGAGCACAUGUACAAUGAAUAAGGAUCUGAGUUCAAGCCCCUGGUCCUCACCUGCAGGGAGAAAGCUUCACAAGUUGUAUCUCUCUUUCUCCCUCUCUAUUGCCCCAUUUAUCUCCUGAUUUCUCCCCAUCUCUAUCCAAUAAUAAAUAUUUUUUU